GAAAAGAUAGCGUAUAUUGGUUAAAUCCUUUAGAUAUUAAAAAAAAUCAGAUCUGCUAAGAAUGAAUCCUUAAUAAAAAGAGGUUUAAGGAUUAAAUCCUUAAUGAGGUGGCAUGACGUCAUUUUCUCCCUUUCUUCCCUUUCUCCUUCUCCCUCUCCUCUCCCUUCCAGAUUCCAGAAUCACCUCCUUCAAAUCCACCUUCUCUGCUACGCCGAUCCCCCUCCGUAUGGUUCCGUAGCAACCUCCGCGCCCAGUUUCUGAUCGAGUCCGUCUCUCAUCGCGACUCCGCCUGUGAUUUCUUCAUCUGCAACGAUCGGAUGAAGGAUUUGGCGUCAACAAUCUUGAGAAACUAAAGAUUUAUACUUUUUUGUUUAUUUGUAAUAUGUUCUUAGAGCUUAAUUUGAAGUAGUAGUAGCUUAGUGAUUCAGAGCAAUUGAACAUUCUGUAGAGGAAGAAUAUGUUAUUAAGAAAGCUAGAAUGGUUGGUAACGUAGAAGAGAACGAAUCUGUGGUGGUUGUGAAAGAGACUUGUGUUGCUCCAUCAGGUGUUGAUGGAAGCGAGAAUGGCCAAAUAAUUGUUGAAGAAUGGGAGAAGAAGAAGAUAGAGGACGUUUUAGUUGUUGAUACAGAACAUAUGGAUCUAAAAGAAACUCUGGAACUAGUACUGAAGGUGUUUACUGGAAUUUGCUUGAAGGGAGAAGCUAAACUCGAUGAAUCUCCUCCUAUACAUGGCUCCCAUUGCUGUUGUUUUCCUUCUUCCUACUACACUUAUCAUGGAGACGAUUUUAGAAUCAUUUGGUAUAUGCUUUUCAAUUCGGCCCUUGCUUAUUUCAUCAACUUGACUAAUUUCUUAGUCACUAAACACACCAGCGCUCUGACUCUGCAGAAACCUCAUCUUGUUAUAUUUGUUAUGGAUAGCAGUAUUGGUCAAGCUGCGUUUGAUCAAUCUCAAGCAUUUAAGCAAAGUGUUGCUGUGGGAGCUGUGAUUAUUACUAAGAUGUAUGGCCAUACCAAGGGUGGUGGUGCUCUUAGCGCAUAAGUAACCGUGUUAGUGUUGCACAAAUGAAGCUGAUGAUGCUAGCCUAAUGGCUGCAACAGUUUUGGUGAUCCUCACGUUUAGAUUUGUAAGCAAUUAGAGAUAAUGGUGUUGCGUUUCAUGGGUGUUCCUCCUCCUGUAAUGUUUUUUCCCCAUAGUUUUGUUUCUUCUUCGUUAAUCCUAGAGUUUUAGGAUUCAGUUUUGCUAUUCUUUUCCUCAGUGAUCAACCUUUGUAUACCACUUUUAAUUCAAAAUACUUUCCUGUAUUUUCUUAAACAAAAGAAUAAUAAUAUUACAGUUACAUGCCAUUAUAUUUACAGAUUGUGAUUAAGAUCUUUGCAGCUUCAUGUUCUUUUCCUCUGUAGCUUUUUUCAGGUAGUGGAUGGUGGAGUCACUUACAUAGCUUGUGGUUUUGGAUGGCACGCUUAUGCCAGAGUUUGGUGGCGUGGAUCAUGAAGCUUAUCAUGCCUAGUCCCAUCGCGCCGCAAUGGUGGAUCAGCAAACAACUCAAAGUCAGAUGAAAUUCAAAGAAAGGAAUGGAGAAAAAAAAGGAUAUGUAUCUUUUAUUAAGGACUAG